CACACGGCGUCGUCGUCCUGCCAUCGUCGAGGAUCGACGCCGUCGACGGCGUUCGAGAGAGCAAUACCCGGGUGGCAACGCUCGCUCGCGCGCGAGAUAGACGUUAUCGCGAGUCCACGUUGACGGCGACACGUUUACGCGUCCAUCGACACCCGCGACCACGGCGGAUCAACCAUUCACGAAAUGAGUAGUCACUUAUUGGAAAUAUUCCCUUUCGACGUCCCGACGCGACGUCGGAUUCUGAGUCAUCCGCGAGGAACGCGAUAAUAACAAAUCCGUAUCACCGUCGUCAUCGUCGUCAAUCACGAGGUACAUCGCGAUACUCACGGAAUCUUGACACUUUCGAAGUGACACGCGCCGUUCAUUGAGAUAAUUCGCGAGUGACGACUUUACGAGAAGGAACAAAGAAGAUAAGAAGAAGAAAAAGAGGACUGUAAAGUGGACGAUAGCAGUAACACGUGGCAGUGGCAGGACGAUAGCAGGACGUGGACAGGAAGUGGAAGCAUCUACGCGAAUCGUCCGAGGAUAUCUCCCCAACCGGCACGGGGCAAAGACGAAGCGAGAGUACAUCGGGAAAGGUGGAGGAGUGUCGGUGUGGCAGCGUGUCGGUCCCGGAAGAACCGGCGCCGAUACUAGCGGAAAACGGCGCGAGGCGGCCAUCGUUACACGCGAACGGCAUCGCCGCUCAUCGAGAGGAGAACAGCUGGUGGCCGGCCGAGCAGGGCGGAGGGGGUCACGCGAUAAGGGAGCGUGAUAAUACUGCCGCGGUGGCGGGUGAGCUGGCUUGCCUCGCGGGAUACAUGGCGGGUUACCUGAAGGCGGCAGGCGCUACCUGCGCCUCGACCGGAAACCCUCAUCAAUACCACCCACACGGGCAUCCCGCCAUGGGAGUUGGCACCCAUCCGCAUCCGCAUUCUCACCCGCACCCGGGUACGCCGCAUCCCGGUCUGCCGUCGCCCUUUGCCCUCGCGACACAUGGCCAUCCGCAUCCACAUCCGCUUGAGCAUGGACUGGCAUUUCCACAAGAAACAAAUCAGCAAAUUCCUUAUACAUCAAGUCAACAAAUGAAUCAGGUCCAAUUUGGCCCAAUCAGGAUCAAACAUAGGAUACCGAGCUACGAGUCGUACAACUACAAUCGCAACGGAGGAAUGAAUCAACGCAAACAACGUCGCGAGAGGACGACCUUCACCAGAGCUCAACUGGAUGUGUUAGAGGGACUAUUCACGAAAACGAGAUAUCCGGACAUCUUUAUGCGAGAAGAGGUUGCUCUUAAAAUCAACCUGCCUGAAUCACGUGUCCAGGUUUGGUUCAAGAAUCGUCGAGCCAAAUGCAGACAGCAAAUGCAACAACAAUCGCAACAGCAACAACAACAACAGCAGACUCCUCCGUCAAAGAGUUCGCCGAGAACGAGUCAGAAUCACAGCAACGGUAGCACUGGCAGCAGGAUAUCAACGAGCUCUUCGACGACCCCGAGCAGACGAUCAUCUCCAGACUCGCCGGCACAGGGCAGGGAGGCACCGGUAGCGGGAAAUUCGCCCUUGUCGACGCCGCUCUUGUCGACGCAAUCGACGUAUCCGCGAGUCGGCGCGACACCGACCGGCGGCAGCGGGGCCAACAGUAACCUGACGACCCCGUCGCCGCCACUGACGCCGAGCUCCAACCAACUGCAACCGUCGUCCUAUCCGGCCGCGAUGAAUCAAAUCCAUCAUGGCGAGGCCUACGGUUUCACCUGGAGCUCGGCGGGGCCCGCGGUGAACCACAGCCAGUAUGCCGGCCAGGGCUACAACGCCUACGCCCAAACUCCAUACGCCAGCAGCGACUACUAUCAGGCCCAGAUCCCCCACAUGCACCACAGCCCGCAGGCCAACUACCAUCAUCCGCAGUACCAUCCCAAUAUGGCGCUCACCUCGUCUAUGUCGCACCUGUCUAUGUCGACCAGUCAUCAUCUGAACCCAGUGACCAGUCAGAGUCAGGCCUCCAGCAACGAUAUUGCGGCUGCCGCCGCAUCGGGCGACGAAACGUCCGGUUAUGUUUUGCCCGAGCAGAAGUAUCCAUCGUUGGUAUAGCGGUCCGGUAGGUCCUCCGGGAUCUUCCAGCGGAAUCAGGAGACCGCGGGCGUGUCCGGUUCUUCGAUGCCCUAUCAUUGGCGACUGAAUACAGCGAUCUGUCACGAGAUCAACGGCAAUCUCGACUCCGACGACAAUUGAUUAUGCGGGAAAGAAAGAGAAAAAAGAGGGAGCUUGGCCAACGCGACGAUAGACGCACUCCAGAUUCGAUGAGUAUGAUCAUUAAGAAUCGAAUAAUAUUUGAAUCGUUUUACACGAUAUUCUGCAUAAAGAAACGCAGUGACAAAUGUUGGUUAAUAUAUGUCAAUCAUCCACGCGUAUUUCGCUUAUGCAGAGCAUUAUCGCAAUAAAACGUAUUCUACGUGUGAACAUUAAUAUAAAAGCAGAAAUAAUUACAUGGCAUCAAUCUCUCGAUUAUUUAUUGUCAACUGGUAGUUGACUCGCGCAAAAUGUUUGCCGUAUCUUAAACACGGUAUCAUAAAUGUUUUUUUAUACAUAUAUAGUAAUCCUGCUAGCUGCAACGCUCAAUGCAGCAAAUCAGAUUAUUAUUAUCGGUCAGAUUAUAUUAUUAUAAGUCAGAUUAUGCUCCAGAUCAUAUAGCAAAUAAAUUGCUAUUUGCUUUACAUGGAGUUUUUUUCGACA